CUCCAGUGAACCCCUCCGGGAGACCCGCCCUUUACCCGGUAAGUGGCAGCUGAGUAAAGUGGCUGGAAGAGGCAGGGUUCCGGUGGAGCAGACAACUACCCCCUCGGAAAGAUGCCUCGGCCCGAGGGGGACAGCGGUGUCCCAAGUCUGGGAAACCUAGUUUGAGCCUGCUGGGUACAGUUGUCCCGUAGAGGGAAUGACCCACAAGGGGCGGAAGGCGGGGCAGCACGUGCAAAUCUUUAGGCGAGGGGAGGAAUCCAGGCCCCAGAGGGCCCCCGAGGGGGUGGGGGCUCCCAUUCACAGCCCUAGGCGAGGGCGGAGCCAGCCUGGUGAAGAACCUGGAGGAGGCGAGACCGUACCCGCAGAGCGUCGCCGAGGGCGGGCUGAGAGGGCGUGGUCGCACUGUAAACUUAGUGGACAAAGGCCGCGGAGGGGGACAGGUCCGGCUCCUCGAGGGCACUGGGGGAGGAGGUCACUCUGCGGGCCGUGCCCAGCCUUGAAAUCCUUUGGACGCGAGGAGGACCACACGCGAGCAUCGCGGGGCCUCGCAGGCAGCGGUCAGGCUCCCCGAGGACACCGCCCUCGCAGGGCCGUCUGCCAGGCCCGGGAUCCGAGGCCCCGCGAGAGCGCGUGCGCGGUUCCCAGGGCAGCGGGGACGGGGCGCGGCCGGUGACCUCCCGGCGAGACUCCCCCGCACCCCACUCCCAUGGCGGCGGUCCCCGCAGCCGAGCCCGCACCGCCGCCGGCCUGCCGCUUCUUCCUGGAGGGCCGCUGCCGCUUCGGCGCCCGCUGCCGCCAGCCCCACCCAGGGGCGCCCGCGCCGCCUAGCCGCGGGACCGGGAGCGAGGCCGGGAACGAGACCGGGGCCAAGAAGCCGCCGCUGCGCACGGCCGCGGCCGUCAUCCAGCGCAUCCGCUGGGACCCGCGCCUCGACCCGGCCGACUUCGCGGUGGGCUACGCCGACCGCUUCCUGGGCGUGCGCGAGGAGCCCUUCGCCGCCUUCUGCUGGGACGAGCCGCUGGCGGCGCUGGGGCCCGGCGUCCUGGCCGUGCCGGAGCACCGGGUGCGCUACUUCCGCUUCCGCGGCCGUGUCGUGUGGGACCGCGCGUCGCGCACCGACCUCGUCUUCGGCUCGGGCUCGGCGGCGGGCCGUGGGCCCACCAUCCUGGACGCGCUCGGCGGCGAGGACGAGCGUUGCGGCGCGCACGAAGGGGCAGCUGCCACUCCCGCUGACACCAGAACAGAACGCCAAGCCCCCGACUGCACUGGGCUGGAGGCCAGGGAGCGGCGCAGGGCCAAAGGCCAGGCUGCCCCGCGGACAGAGCUGGAAAGGGCGCUGACGCCGGCCACCGCGGAGCCACGGGAUGGAGAAGCACAGACAGCUUUAGGACGGCCCCCUGCAGGUUUUCCUGAGACGGAAGUGGAGUGGGGUCCUGGCGCUUGGCCCUCGGAAGGUGGAGAGGCCGCUGGAGCCCGGGCCACGGAGCCUCGCCAGCCCCAUCCCACGCAUUUUGUGGCUCUCAUGGUAACUGAUCCUGGGCUGCAGGCUGGGGUGGCCAAAGCCCAGGAAGAGCUGGUUCAAGCUGCACCCUCGUGCGCUGCGUUCCUGGUGCCCGCAGGGGCCCUCCACCUGACACUGGCCCUCCUGAGGCUCACAGGCCCUGGGGAGGUAGCCGCCGCAGUGGGCGCACUCAGACGUGCGCUCUUGGCCCCGGGACUUCAGGCACCCCCGCAGCUGACUUUUAGGAGCCUGCUUCUCCUGGGGCAGCAUGUGCUCUGUGCCCCACCUUCCCCCUCUCUGCAAGCUAUGGCCCAAGUGCUGAGUCAGAGGCUGGAAGCUGAGGGGCUCAGAGUAGUAGGGCCCCAAGGGGGGCUGCACCCCCACCUCACACUAGCCAAGGUGCCCCACGGUUCUCAAGUCAGCCUCCCUGAACCUGGGUUCAGCCCAACGCAGGAGCUGGGAAGCCAGGCCCUAGGGGAAGUCUGGCUGUGCCGCAUAGGCAGGGCAGGGGACACCUACCAGCCCCUGGCUGAGCUGCCCCUGGGGUGAUGGUCCCCUCCAACGUCUCCAGGAGACCACUCUCGACCGGGAGAACCUGGAAAGAUCCCGCCCAAGCAGGAAAGGACAAAGUGCUCUC